CAGAAUAUUGUCAUAUUUGGAACGACGGGGUCAGGAAAGAGCUCCAUUGUCAACAUUCUCUUAGAAAGAGAAGAAGCGCCCUCGUCAAACGAUGCAAUGGGCUGCACAGCAACAGUCGACAAUUACGAUGUCUCAAUCGAUGAGAGGAAAUAUAGAAUAUGGGAUACUCCUGGGCUUAACGAGGGCUCCGAGGGACUCGUCCCUGCAAAACUGGCCCUCAAAAACCUCAAGUCUUUCGUCAAAGAACUCAUGCGCGACAAAAGUCGUGCUCCUCUUUUCAUCCUUUGUAUUGAAGGAUCGCAGGAUGUAAAAGCCCAGCUGCGCCAUUAUGAUAGCCUCAAAUCUACCAUUGGCGCUGCUCCCUUUUCCAUCGUAGUCACGGGUAUGGACAGGUGUUGGUCAAGCCCUUGGAGCAAGUGGUGGGGCGAGCACCGGAAGGUUCUGCAAUCGUUCGGUGUGGAUAGCGUAGACCAUGCAUGCGUUUGUACGCUGUUGGAUGGUGAU